CACUGAUCACCAUGGUUGACACGCAGAGUGGGAAGAGCACUAGCCCCUACACCCAGGAACUGCAGGAGAAGAUGGCCGCCCUAAUGAGAGAAAAUAAAGAAAGGAAAGAGCUCCUGAAGCAAGCUAAGUUAAAGGCAAUUGCAGAGGAGUAGGCAGCAAAGAUGAAGAAACUGGAGGAGGAGAUGAAGAGAGUUCAGCAGGAGGAGGAAGAGAGGAGAAAGGCUGCUGAAAGGGAAGCAGGAGUAGAAGAAGAAAAAGAGAGAAAACGUACUGAAGGAAAGGGAGAGAGUAGUGGCACGAAGAAGGAUGAAGAUGAAGAGAUGGAGAAAAAGAUCAGCGAACGGAUUGCUAACUUAUCGUUGGGGGAAGAUGAGGAGGCAGAGUUUUAUGUGCCCCAGGAUGAGAGGGAUGCCUUAGCCAGGGAGCUAGCAGCAAUCGAGGACCCCUUGGAACGGCAAGAGACGGAGGAGGAGAAGAAGCUGGAGUGGAAACUGAGGAUGAAGAGGGAAAAGAAGAGGAAAAGGGAGGAGGUAAACAGACUGACCGAAGAAGUGGCAAAAGUGAGGGAUUGCAGACAGGAGGUGCAGGUGCAGACAGGCAUGUCUGCCAAAAUGGAUAAGAUGCUGGGGUAUUUAGAAGUGUUGAGUGCAGCUUGGAUGGAGGAGCGCCAGGCUAGCUAGAGUCAAGAUGUAGCCCUGAGUGCCAUGCGGUCAGGUUUCCGAGACUUUGCGCGCAACAUAGUCACCCAUGUUGGAGGAGAAGUCAGGCAAUUGAGGGACAACGUGGGGAAGCCCUGCGAAGGCGCCAUAGAGGGUGCCAAAGCAGUAGCCGCUGUCGAAAGUGAGGCCAGGCCCCGUAAAGAACCCGUAAAGCUCAAGUUUCCAGAUGCAUACGGGGGAAAGAAGGAGGAGAACUUUGAUAACUGGGAGGCUAGUGUUAAUAGUUACGUGUACUUACAGCACAUCCUGACUGAGGAGCAAGUCCUCGUCGCCUUCCAGGCCCUCAAAAAUGAAGCUGCCAGUUUUGC